AUGACCAACUGGCGCAGAUCAGUACUUGCCCAGGGACAAGUUGUAAAGAGAAACGGUGUCUACAUGCCUGCGGCGGCAAAUAUGCAGUCUCUGAGAUAUGAUUGCGAACUUGAACUCAAAGCACGUGCCCGUGCUGAGGAGUGCGCUGCUGAGGGGAUUGACGGCGCCAACGCAUAUUAUGAAGAGAAUAGACAUUAUAGUGUGAAAGAGUGGUGGAAACAAGUGAGGCUAGAUGAACCUAUUGGGCUAUCCUGUUAUUUCAGGGCUAAACAUCAAAGUAGAAGUGUGAGAAGCUUCACUAGGAUGGCUUGGGCUAACUCGAAUAAAAUCGGUUGCACCAUUCAAGAAUGUGAUGACCGAUGGCAUUCUGUAUGCCUAUACAGUCCUGCGUGA